UUUCCUGGUGAAUGACAAUGUAAACAAACAACCGCGACUUUUUAUUGAGGUUCAGCUAAUCGAAAAUUAAAAGAAAAGUACGCCAAUUUAAAGAAACAAUGGCUGACAAAAAAUCAGAUGGAGGUGCGACAAAGUCCGUCCAGACAUCUGCAGUUCCUAAAGAAGCGGAGAAACAGCUGAAAAAGUCAGCACCAGGAAGUAUGAACUCAGGCUCAGCUGUUGGCGGGGAAAAGCAGGAAAAUCAGGCGCUUCAGCCCACCGCCUACAGCAUGCGACCGGCUUUUGGUGAGAUGUUUCCUUUGCCCACCAUUAAGAACAUAAUGAACACUGUGAUGGCCGAUAAACUCAAGGACAAAACCUACGACAAAGAUGUGGCUAAAACGUGGACGAGUGAGAUUGCCGACGAGGUGAACCAGCAGAUAGCUAGCAGCUCCCGGGUGAAGCGAUACAAGCACGUGGUUCAGGUGAUGCUCGGCCAGGAACUGGGUGCGGGUGCCACCUACAAUUCGCGGUGCUGCUGGGAUUGCGACUGCGAUACCUCCGUCUCCGAGGUCUUCAGCAAUACCAGUCUGUUCUGCGUGUGCACUGUCUUUGGGACAUACCAGUACUAGAAGACGUUGCCGCAGAGAACUGAUUAGGCUAAGAACCACCUCACUAUAUUUAUUGUUAAUUAUGAGCUUUACUUUAAAAAUGUCUAGAAAAUCGACCAAAAAAUCGGAACCAAACUAAUGAUGCAGCACAAUCAUAUUAAGGCACCAGAGUACAAAGGGCUCAUCACUUUCGAUACUCGACCUUCGUCGAGCUUCAUUGGAUGCGCACGUUCAGCGGAUUCAGUAUGCGGCCCGACAUUACGGCCACGUCCAGGUCGCGAUCAAUGAUGAAAAACAUAAACGGAUGAUUCACGGAGAUCUGAAUGGGCUUCGUUUGGGCGCCAUAGUUGCCUAGAGAGCGAAAGGAAGUGUUUAUUGCACUUUGUCUCGUGUUGCAGAUAAGCUGCAACUGUUGCAACACCAUUAGGUGGGGCAAUCGCAAUGCGUUGCGGCUCAA